AAGCUUUUAUUUGCUAUUCAAGAUGAAAACUUUACUAUUCGCUGCCGGUUUGAUAGUUCUCCUGUCUGUCCAUAGUUCGCGAAGUGAGGACAAAAUUGAAAAGUUAAGGACAGCUCUCGAAAGAGGCAUUCUCAACGAAUUGCAACAGUUGGCCAACAAUGGGGUUAAGCUUUCCAAAAAGGAUGUUGAAGAAAAGUUCACUCAAAUUGUUGCGAUAGAGGCAGUUAAAAAUACAAAAUUGUUUAAAGAGGUGAAAGAAAGGGAUGCAAUGAAAAUUAUCAACGACUCUAUUAGAUCCAGAGAGGUUUUCGAGGCAGCCACAGCUCUUAUGUCAGAUGAUGAAGAAAUAGCUCCUAGAUUUGUUGGGGCUGCUAUAAUUGGAGGUGGGCAACUAGCUUCUGACUGGGUGAAAAUGAUGCUGACAAGGUACUAAAUAAACGAUAAAGUUUUGAGAA